CUCCCCGACCCUCCCCCACCCACCCCCUUCAACCCCGCAGUCCUUUUGACAGUGUCCUGCUUUGGAUAUUACCCGACCGUGACCACGCUACACACACGGCAACGGCACGCGGCUCGGCGCGAAAACCGUGUCAUUACAGCGCGGACCAGACAUUGCAUCCACCAUCGCACACCCUUGCUCGCUUCGGCAUCCCCCUUCACCAUCCCUAUCUCCCCUCCCUCACUCUACUACCUACUCGGCCUUGUUCUCACAUUCUUCAUCAGUGCAUAUCACUCUAGACUCUCAUCAUACGCAUCGACCACGACCGCAUAAACGAUCACGAAGCCAUUACAUUUGGCACGCCAUUUCGACACCCGAGCAUGCUCUAGUUUGGCGGGCCACCCCGCCUUCACUACAGCCGCGACACGUCUUUAACCCGCCUUCCCCAACCCGUCGCCCAUCGUUCGCUGGCAACUGCGGCUUCCCCAAUCAUCCCGCACCACAUGGCCAGUGGUGGUGCCGUCGCCCCACCACACCCGCCGACCGGCGGGGGUUCAUCCUCUCCGCCUGGACAAGCAGGCAACAAGGAUCGCAAGAAGUCUGCUCACUGGACCGAUUCAGAUACAGAGGUGCUCAUCAAUGUCUUGUUACGGCAUCGUGAAACUGGAAGAACGACCGACAAUGGCUUCAAACCCGGCGUCUGGGACGAAGCGUCUGGUCUCUUGGAGAGAACCAUGUAUAUGGGAGGACCCAAGACGCCAGAUGCAUGUAAGAGCAGAUGGCAGCGACUUCAACGCGACUACAAGGUCGUCCGCGAACUCGAGGCACUGCGCGGCUUUUCCUGGGAUCGCAACCAGCACCGGUUACACGCCAGCGAGGAAGCCUGGGAAGCAGCGGAAAAGAUCACAGAAGCCAAGAAGUACAAGAAGAUCCACCUGCCAUGCUACGAUCAGCUGGCAAUAUUGUGUCCAGCCGAGAACCUGCGCACCCGCCCACGACUUUCACGACCUCGAGUGUCAUCCACGUCGCUGGCAUCGGAUGGCUCAGCAGUCGUGUCGAUGAACAUUACCCCAACGACGGCAACGAACCCAUCGGCUACCACCAUCGUUGGCGCCCUUUCAGUGGCCGAGUCUGUGCACCACGACCAUGCCAAGAUCCUGAACGCUACCCACGGACAUCAUGAUCAGCACCAACAACAACAUGCGCUGCACCAGUCGGGAAACUCAAACCUUAUGUGGCCAGAAGCCGAUGAUACUAGCAUUGAGCGUAUUGAUGCCUCAUUUACGCUCCCUGACACAUGCGUUUUCAGUGCAACACAAACGCCUACCGCCUCCAUAUGA